AUGUUGAUUUCGGAUUCAAGGGACCAUGCCAGAGAGCGUCAGCAAGGAUUGUACAGGGCACGAAAAGAUUGGGACAGGCCACAAAGUCGACCAAACCUCCGCUUUGACUCUCUUCAGCGCCACAGCACCCAGUCCUCGAACCCUACCCGCUUAUCAUCACUCGAACUCACAGACACUUCCCCAAAAUUACCGCAACGUCUCGCAUUCGAAGAAGAAGAAUCCAUCAAGCAAGCCCGCCACGAAGCCGAUAUGGCGCGCAAAGCUGCAGCGCAGAAACUAGAAAUCGAGCACGAAGUCCGCUUACUGGAGAUCCGUCGGCAGUAUGCUGUGGGUUUGCCAUCAUCGAAUGCUCUGCCUUCGUCUGUGCUGUACCCGCCUUUUGAUCCGAAUGGGCCUUUGGAUAUACCAGACACGGUAUUCAGGCCAGACACGGUAUUCGGGGGUGAACUAUUGCCAGUGCAUGCUGCAGCUACUGUAAGUAAGCAGCGAAGAGGAGAUGGGAAUGGAGGGAUUAAGAUGGAGAAGGGAAUCAAGUAUGCAGGCAGGGCGCUUCGGGGGAGAGGAACCGUUGCGGCACGCCCGAACACUACACCUCGUCGUACACUCGCUCGCCCAUCGCCUUCACAGCACCUCGAAAAGCAUGGCCACGAGCCCGAAAGCGACGGCGAGGAAGUGGGAAUAGACGCCGAAGAAGCCGUGGUAGCGUCGAGACAUUGUCGGGAAUCGGGCAGUCCGGGUGUCUCGGUUUCCGUGGAUCGAGAGAGAGAGAGAGAGAGAGAGAGGGGAGAUGGGGAUGUCGGGGUGAGGCAGACAGAGUAG